AUGCUGGCUGUCGCAGACUGCUCAGGUGAGGUCUGUGCUGUCCCACCGGGGGCGUUGCCCUACGGAGCCGCGCCGGCAGGCAACGCGUUGAUGCUCGCCGCCUUUGCCGCCCUGACCCUGCCGGUGAUAUACGCUGGUCUUCGAUACAAAACCGUUUUCCACUCGGUCUUUCUCCUAGCCGCCCUUCUCGCUGGCGUUGUCGGCCAUGUCGGCAAGGUCUUCUUGACUGCCAACCCAGCCAGUCGCGCCUCUUCGGCCGUCUAUCUCAUGGGGACGCACUGGGCCGCCGUGUUGGUUGGCUCUGCCGUCAACCUCGUUCUUCCCCACGUGAUGGUCAUUUACGGCCAGCCGUUCCAGCUCGUUUCGGACCCUGUUUAUUUGAACAUAGCCUUCUUCAUCCUCGACAUCGUCACCCUGGCGUUCCAGUCUGUUGGCAUUGGCUUUGCCUCUGCUUCUAGCACGGUUAUCGGAGUCGCUCAGGGGGUGUACAUCCUACUCACGGGCCUCGCCAUCCAAGCCGUCAGCCUCCUUGCCUUCCUGGGUAUAUAUCGAUAUUUCCGACACAGGCUUUCCCAUCGACGGUAUAUACUCGACGACAGGUUCUCCUCCGUCUAUCUGUCUCGCCGGUUCAACUACUUCAUGAUAUGCGUCCAGGUGACGGCGUCUCUUCUCCUGGCCCGGACAGCUGUCCGGAUCGCCAUCUUUGCCAACGGGCUGGCGACCUCCUUUGCGCGCUCACAAGUCGCUUCUUUCCUCCUCGACGACACCCUCGUUCUCAUCGCAGCCCUCAUUCUGACGGUCUACCCCGCUGGCCGGGCAUUCGGCGCUGCUUGGGCCGCAACGUCGCCUGUGGCUUCGUCUGACCGUCCAGACCACCUCCCCUUGCCCCUCCGUCGGCAUCGCCGCAACCGAAGCUAUCCGAUAAAUAAGCGCGUUAUCUCUCUGCCAUAUUCGUCCCCGUCUACAUCGCCCCGAUUCAGCCCGGGGUUUGCCACGAGGCCGGGGAUGACACCGGGCCUCCCGGCCCACCCUUCCCCCCAAGGUGCGCCGCUUGUGGCGCCGCUGAUGUCCCCCAGAAACAAUCCUGUACACCAGCGGGUACCUUACGAUGCUACCCCUACGCAGACCGUGCCUUUUAUGGAUCCGCAGGAGAGCCCCGGCCUUGAUUUCGAGUCGGCCAUGUGGGCGGCAGCGCCUGUCGAGCAUGGGAGGAAGAGGAAGAUGUGGGGUGGUGGCACUUCUGCGCACGAGGCGAAUCAGAUGGUGGACAGCGACGUGUUGUGGAAUUGA